AUGAGGCUUGCAAUAUUUGUGGAUUUCGGUAUUAUUCCACAAGACAAUGCUGGUGUUUGUGACACAUUUGCCUCUUUGAGUUCUACAAUGAUCGGUGUUAUCAAGGUUCGACAAAGAAAAGUAGAUGUCGCUAAAGCAGUCGUGUGGUCCGACACUACCGCUAGCGAAAUCCUGAGAAAGGCUCUCAUACGUUCGUGUGAUGUUGCUACAUUUAAUAGCUGGUAUUCUGACAUGAGUGUUUGAAUAUUGAAUGGUAUGCCGAGAGUCCACUUACAAUUUCUUAUUGCCUUUGCCUGCGUUAUCAUCAAUGAUAUUACCGCCAUUAGAAAGAAUGCCUUUGUAAAUGUAGUGGACUUGUGUUCAGGUAACGUUGCUUGUUGGGUAGCCCUUCUGGUGCGUUGUGCUAUGGGUUGUUCAUCUUCUAGCUUGGCGAUAG